AUGGCGGUUAAAAAACACGCACUAGUACACGACAACCAUAAUCAGUUGGAUUUAAAGGCGCUGGCGCAGUACAUCGAGGUCAUGAAUGAGCAACCAAACUAUUUGCCACCAGCACAGGAGAUAAUUAAAAACUGUCAAGAUAUAGUAAAGUGUUUAGCUCGCACUUCUGGUGACGAAGACCAGCUUUGGGAGUUGUUGACGGCUGUAGAAGAGUUUUUGGUGCGGAUUGUUACUUCCGUUAACCGUAGUCUUCGCCACGAGAUUAUAACUGCUAUUUUGGAUAAAUUCUAUUCUUUGAUCUCAGACCCGGAAUCUAAUGCAUGCCCGGCCACAUCAGUUGUGCUCAUCGUAUUGGAUGGGUCUGAAUCUGAAGCAACCCUAUCGGCUGCCCGCUGGUUGGUACAGCAGGGCGAAAAUGGACCGGGAGGAGCCGGACUCCGUGCCUCCCUCUCUUGCCUUUACCGUUGGAUUUACGAGUGGCAUGGCACUCCCGCCUUAGGUGAUUGGCUUAUUGCCUAUAUCAAGGCUUUGGAGGAAAAUGAACGUUAUGACAUAUUGAUCGAAGUGAGCACGGACAAUUUAGGUAAUUUGUUCUUAGCGAUGAAUGAUCCGAUGGCGCUAAGGCAACCAGUAGCAGAUGUCAUCUUUCACGUGCUCUCUUCAUUGCGUGAAUCCGUCGAGGCUCUUGAUAAAAUCGCUCCUCACGUGGGUAAAGUGCUGGUGGUUUUGGCCACCGACAGCGGACAAUGGAGCCGACAACUUUUGCAGAACGCUGUGGAUAUAACCACAGCCAUGGUUGAUCAUAUAAAGGAGCCCCUUAAGGGAGCGGCCCUUGACAUGUUCAAGGAAAAAUAUGAUUAUGUGAUGGCAUGCUUGGAGAGGCAUAUGGCUACAGACGGUUCCCGUUUCCUACAACUGCCACCUUGGCGGGCCCGCAAUGUCACACUUACCUCUGUGAACUCCAACGUCCCGAUGCGCAAGGUUGGCCUUUUGAACCUCGGCAACACUUGCUACAUGAACAGCGUCAUGCAGGCCUUGCUCGUCACCAGGCAGUUCAGCACACACGUAGUGCUCAAGAUGACAGCAGUCCCGUACUGGUCGAAGAUGGGCGGCCUUUUCUCUAAGAUGAUGCACUCUAUCUCUACCAAGCUGAAUCCGGACGAAUUUUUUAGCGUCGUCAAGUCGCCCUUCUUUACCAAGGACAAUCAGCAUGACAGCUCGGAGUUUCUGGGGUAUCUCCUCCAGUUGCUGCAGUCCUAUGAACACGCAUCGGACCACAACUUUGACUAUUCACGACCCGCGUUGCCGCUAUUGGCGAAUCGCAUACGUCUCGCGCCUCAUACGUCGACCUCUUCUAUCAGUGACAAUGAGACUCCCGAGUCAAGCUUCAAUCGCCGCUCGGUUUCGCCGCGCCCUGGCAGUAGCGCCGCCUGUACUAGUAGCGGCCAUUUAAAACGCACUUCACCAGAGCACGAGAUCAAGGUUCCGCCAAAAAAGCGCAUGCGUUUACAAGAGACCGCUUUUCUCCGGCGCGAUUCUUUUAUAGACAACAUGUUUGGGGGCGUGCUACUUACACGCGUCGAAUGUACUCAAUGUCAUUCGUCGUCUCUCUCCCGCGAUGUAUUUCGCGAUCUCCAGCUGGCGUUCCCCGAAACGCCGGAAAGUUUACAACACUCCGUCCAAAGCCUCCUAGACUUCUACUGUUCAAAGGAGAGCUUGUCUGGUGACAACCGUUACCAGUGCCGUGAUUGUGGAGGCUUGCGUGAUGCAGAAAGAAGUGUACUGAUUGAAACCACGCCCAAGUAUCUAAUACUUGUGUUGAAAAACUUUAAGUUCGAACCGAAGCUGCAAGUGCAAACCAAACUGAUGCACACUACGUACCACAAUCCCAUCGUGACGCUGCCAACCGUUCGAUCCCAAACCGAUCACUCCACCUACACUCUGUACGCGGCCAUAAUCCACGCCGGCACCACUCUGGACUCCGGCCAUUACUACACCCUCGCCAAGGACAGCAACCAGUGGUACAUGUACAAUGACGACGUCGUUUCUGUCGCUGAUGAACAGCAACUGCACAAGCUGAAUCGCUCCAGCACACCGUACGUACUGUUCUACAGGCGCACUGAUAUCGAUGAAGGCGCUGCUCCUUCGCUCGAUGAACUUCCGCCAAAACUGCAGGAGAUAGUGAUGUCCCACAACAAGCACUAUGUCGAGACUGUCCGAAAAAUGCAACUCACUCGUCCAUGA